AUGAAUAAUGACGCAAUAGAACAUACACUUGGUGGGGGUUUACUCACCACUUCUGGGUCGAAGCAGAGAAAGACUUCUAAGUUUGUAAUGGGUAAAUAUACAUUGUAUGAAACUAAGGAUCGAAUGUACAUUGUGGGAAGCAAUAAAAGGGAAACUAUGUUUCGUAUUUUAGAAAUUGAUCUUACUGUGCCUCGUGGAGAAUUGAGUGUGUUAGAGGAUAAUGUUUUUUUCACCAGGAAUGAAAUUAUGAAUGUAUUGGCAAGUUUGGAAGAAGCUACCGAGGACGGUUUACAUAAAAAAAUCACAGGCUAUGGUCUUUUGGGAUUCAUUAAAUUUACUUGUUGGUAUUACUUAAUAAUGGUUACCAAGUACAGCCAGGUUGCAGUGAUUGGUGGUCAUGGUAUUAACCAUAUUGAUGGAAUUGAUAUUAUUCCUAUUACGAACAACUAUAAGAAACCUGAAAAAAAUUCAGAUGAGGUAAGAUUAUUGAAUAUAUUCAAGGAUUUGGAUUUGACAAAAACUUUCUAUUUCAGUUAUACUUACGAUAUCACAAACACUUUACAGACUAAUAUUUUGCGGGAGAAAUUAAAAGCCGUUGACAGAUCUGAUAUUACUAUACCUUCCAUGAUAAGCGACUAUAAUGAGAUGUUUGUUUGGAAUAACAAUUUGUUAUCUCCAAUUUUUGCUUGUAUUGAUACUGUUUUUGAUUGGUUUCAAUGCAUUAUACAUGGAUUUAUUGACCAAGUAAAUGUUUCCGUUUUGGGGAAAUCCACAUACAUUACCUUAAUCGCAAGAAGGUCCCAUCAUUUCGCAGGUGCACGUUUCCUGAAACGUGGCGUUAACAAUAAAGGGUAUGUCGCUAAUGAAGUGGAAACAGAACAAAUCGUAACGGAUAUGAUUUUGACCCCAUUUCAUCAACCAGGAAAUGGAUUCUUCGAUAGUGAUCGCUAUACUUCCCAUGUGCAGCAUCGUGGCUCAAUUCCCUUAUAUUGGACUCAGGAUGCGUCCAAUUUAACUACAAAGCCGCCUAUUAGAAUUAAUGUGGUAGAUCCAUUUUUUGCUCCAGCUGCAUUGCAUUUCGAUAACUUAUUUCAAAGAUAUGGCGGUGGAACCAUUCAAAUUCUGAACCUAAUUAAGACCAAAGAAAAGACACCUAGAGAAACUAAAUUAUUAUGGGAAUUUGGGCAAUGUGUAGAUUAUCUGAAUGAAUUUUUGCCAACAAAAAAGAAAAUAGAUUAUACUUCCUGGGAUAUGAGCAGGGCUUCUAAACAAGAUGGUCAAGGUGUUAUUGAAUUUUUAGAGAAAUAUGCUGUAGACACCGUCACAAGAACAGGAAUAUUUCACAAUGGGCCAGAUUUCGCUUCUACCAAGAUUCAAGAAGGAAUAUGUCGAAGCAAUUGUAUCGACUGCCUUGAUAGAACCAAUGCUGCCCAAUUCGUUAUCGGCAAAAGGGCACUUGGUUUCCAACUCAAAUCUUUGGGAAUUAUCGAUAAUAGUUACUUAGAAUACGAUUCAGAUAUUGUAAACAUAUUGACCGAACUGUUCCAUGAUUUAGGUGAUACUAUUGCACUACAAUAUGGCGGCUCGCACUUGGUAAACACCAUGGAAACCUAUAGAAAAAUAAAUCAAUGGAGUUCACACUCAAGGGACAUGAUCGAAAGUAUUAAAAGGUUUUACAGUAAUUCAUUUGUCGAUGCACAAAGGCAAGAUGCUAUUAAUUUAUUUUUGGGUCAUUACGCUUGGAAAGAGGGAUUUCCCUCAUUGUGGGAAAUGAACACCGAUUUUUAUUUGCAUAAUGCGUAUACUCUCAACAUGCCAAGAAGGAGUUAUACUCACUGGUGGAAUGAUUACCACAUUAAAAGCAUAAAAGAACUGAUUAAUGAAGAACUCAUUGCAACAGGAAACGAUGUCACUAGAGAGAAAAUUAUUAAAAAUGUUAGAGGUUAUCCUGGCGCCUUCGAUAACUACUGGAAUGAAUACUAUCUACCAAGAUCGGUAACUUGGAUUCGCGAUCUUUUUGCAUAUAACAUGAACUCGACAAGAAGAUAUCAUAAUACGUUAACAAAACAGGAUAAAUCUAUGUCGCCAUUUACCUCCAGGAAACAGAGUUGGCUGAAUAACAAGCUGAAAAUGAUCACCUCCAGCAAGAAUUUGGAAGGAAUUAGUAUAAGAGAAACUGAAACUACUUGUUUAGAAAAAAACAUGUCUCCGAAGCAAGAAUUAGAACUGUAUGAGCAUUACUUACAUAUAAUCUCCAAUAGAAGCCAAAAGCUAGAAAACAAAAUGAAUUCAUUUUCAUACUCGAAAUAUCCCAUUUUUAUCAGUCAUGAAAAUAACGAAAUUUCAUCGGUAAAAGAAACUAUAGGAGAAUCGCCAGUUGAUAUUGCAGAAGAUUUUACUGAUUUAUACGACAGCGGUGAUAACGAUGAUGAAACGACAGUAGAAGCAUUGCUUAUUGCUCCUGAUCAUGUGUUGGUUGAUGAAAAAUUCUAUGAAAAAGUCCUCGAUGUCGAUAAUUAUAAACCUGUUCUUGAUAGCUACUCGACUGUUAUACAGAUCAAGCCCGAUAAUCUACAGCUCUAUAAGGACUUAUGUGUGUCCAAAGAUAUAAAACUUGAGUUUCAAUGA